AUGAAGUCCCUCACGCUACCUCUCCUCUCCCUCAUUUCCCUGACCACCGCCUCACCAACCCCGGACCUCGUAGCCCGCGACCUCUCCAUCCGCAACUUUGAAGAAUCCUUCCUCUCAACCCUCACCUGGACGCACCCAAACAACACCGUAAAGCUGGUAGGCUUCAAGCGCAUCGUCAUGACGGCCUCCCAGCACGAGGACCUGAAACUCAACAUCCGCUCCUCGCCCUCGGAAUGGGCCGCCUUCACAUCCGCCUACCACGACCCCCACGAGUCCACGAUGCGCGUCUACUUCCCCGUCGAGAACGCCCUAAUGUACCACGCCGGCUCCCUCGUCGAGGCCAACACCUUUGGCGAGCACCCGCACCCGGUCCUGGACGGCGACCUCGCCGUCGUGGGACGCUAUCAGACGGCCCACGUGACGGGCGUCAAGGGCAACGUCGUCAGAGACGGCGUCAUUUACCUCAGCGAGCCGGCGUACCCCGUCCGCAGGUACGGCGCGGACUCGAACAUUCUAGUGUACGACUUUGGCUGGCGCGAGGGCGCACACGCCCACGGUCACGGCCACGACCACGAUCACGAUCAUGACGAUCACGACAAUGACAACGACGACGUUGGAAAACACAUUGGCCCAAGAGACGAGGGAAAAGGCGGCUCCUGCAAACAGAACCACGGCGGCAGGGUGUGCUCGCAGGUGUACAACAUCAACCACGGCCGGUGCCCCCGCGACUACUCCUCGUGCAUAGACUACAACGGCUGGCCCAUCAAGUCGUGCGACAACCACAGCAACAAGUUCGCGUUCCCCGGCAGCGACUGCUUCACCGCCGUUGCGAGGGGACACUGCUGGAAUGAGAUACCCAACUGA